AUGGGAACUACUGAUAAGCAGAUUUCUGCUCUUAUUGUCACAUUUUUAAGACAAUGCCUUGAAUGCAACACCAUUCCCGAUGAUAACAGGGACUCAAUAGAAUUCGCAAUUGAGAGCAUAGGUGAGGCAUUCGGAUUAGAUUCCUCAUUCUGUGAACAAGUCAAUGAUGUCUUUGGGGGACAAGACCUUCGCAGUCUUAUCUCAUUACCUAUGAAAGAAGCUUCAAAAUCUGCCGAAGAUGAGUCGGUUCCCGUUCAUAUACAUGAGAAUGAGGUCAACAAUAAGGACAAAGCUGAGUCAUUGAAGCUUGAAGGUAAUAGAGCAAUGGCCGCUCGUAAUUUCAAAGAAGCAAUUGAAAAGUAUAGUGCGGCGUUGGAUUUGUAUCCUUCAAAUGCUGUGUACUUAUCUAACCGUGCUGCAGCCUACUCCUCUUUUGGAAAACACGAUUUAGCAUUGAAGGAUGCACAAAAGGCCACUGAAUCCGCGCCUAAUUAUGCCAAAGCAUGGUCUCGUAUGGGACUAGCGAAAUAUGCACUAGGAGAUAUUGAAGGGUCUAUGAAAGCUUAUGAACGUGGGCUAGAAGUUGAAGGUGAUUCACCCUCGGAUGCUAUGAAAAAAGGUUUCGAAACUGCCAAAAAAAAGUACACAGAAACUUUAGUUGCAUCAUUAGGAUCUGCAAACCGUGAUUCAGAGUCCCAAGAUGCUGCUAGUGGUGAGGCUCAUACAAUGCCGGAUAUAUCAAACUUGGCUAGUUUGUUCGGAGGGUCUUCUGAAGGGUCACCCUCUGGUGGAAAUAAUCUUGGAGGUAUCGCUGGACUAAUGAACAAUCCCCAAAUCAUGCAAGCUGCGCAAAGAAUGAUGCAAAAUCCUGAAGCUAUGAAUGGCCUACUCAACAAUCCGCAAAUAAGACAGAUGGCUCAAAAUUUGGGUCUCGGGGGUGAGGGAGGCUUAGAUGAGCUCAUGAAUAAUCCUAUGCUUCAAAACUUAGCCAAUCAGUUCAGAAACUCGAGUUAG